CAGACAUCUUUGUUGUUGUCGCUAGGAGACCACUCUACAACAAUCUGCUUCAGUGCAGGUAUUCAGACCAAAAAUGGCUGGUGUGGGAGUUUAUAAACUGGACAACGGAGAAAGUUUCCCCACAAAUUGUUUCCCGAUAAGAACAUUACAUCAGAGUAAAGAAGGAGCAGGCCAUUGGUUAAUUGCCCACAGAGAGAGUGUGGAGGACCGAAACAAGUUCUUAAAGCAGCAAACAUCAGUAAAAAACUUUUGCACAGGACCAUCGGGUCAGUAUGAAUGUGAAAGGCUUGAGCAAAGGACACCAAAAAGUUCUGGAAACACUUUAAAUGGAGAGAUUUUGAUGGCUCUGCACUGUGUGGACAGACCGUCUGAUCUUUGCUCUGUGGACAUAAGUGAAAGGAAGCUGGAGUCGGUUAAACUAGAAGGUUUGGAGGAAUUUGACAGUGUUGCUUACAUUAAUGCUUCUGACAACUAUUUAACCCUUGAGGCUUUUAGCAGGUUUCCUUUACUGAGGGAGCUGGAGUUGUCUUUAAAUGGCCUUACCAUUGUGGAAGUUAAUGCUGUAGAUUUUCCUACAUUACAGGUCCUGGAUCUGUCAUAUAACAAUUUAUCAAGUGAUGGUGUAUUAGCUAUUGGCCUUCUACCAAAAUUAAAGGUACUUCAUCUGACUGGAAAUGAUCUACAGACACUUCCACCUGAUAUGGCUGGUCUUAAUAGUCCCCAUGGUCAUUUGGCUCCCGGGAGCAGUGGAUUGUUUCAGAGUCUUGAAGUGUUAAUGCUGGAUGAUAAUAAACUGUCCUCUUGUGUCUUUAGAAGUCUUUCAAAUUUAAAAAGGCUUCAGCAUUUAAAUUUAGAAGGAAACUACAUUUCUGAAGUUCCUUACCUUCAGCUGAUGCCACCACUAUGGGUGCCAGGUUACACUCAGUCCCAAGUGAACCAACAAAAGCAUUUAAAUAUGCAGACUAAUAUGGAAUCACCACAGUUGGAGGACGAGGAACAUUUCUGCCCACCACUUCCAGAGCUUCGGUAUCUAAAUCUAGCUAACAAUAAGAUAUUUGAAGAAGAGGGAUUGUUAGCUGUGGCAUUGUUUCCCUUGCUUAGUGAGCUCAUAAUUUACUCAAACCCACUGACUACACAGAAGAGUGGUGACCCACCAAUGUUGACCUGGUUUCUUCAGGAUAGACUUGGUAUUAAAAUAAGACGUAGGAAGUCAGUUGGUCUUAUAAAACCACAUUUUUUGCUGCCUGUCAACCCUAAAAGAAAGAUCUAUUCUGUGGACAAAGUUACUAAACAAAAAAACAGACAUCACCCAUUAGAUUUCAAGUCCACAAGUGACACAUUACCCCACAGCUCCACACAAACCAAUACUGUGGAGAUGACGAAGGAGGAUGUUGUCAAUGCUUCCAGUGUAUCACAGCCUUUGGAAAGGGAAAAUUCAAAAAUUGAAAAUGAGACUUUGCAAAAUGAAGACUUAUUCUUUGUAACUGAGGUAAAUGGUUUGUGUGGACCCAGGUAUCAGGACAGAACAGAGCAGACGGCUAGCAUCAUACACCUUGAGAGAACUAAUGCAAAACAAUACUCAGAUAAACUCCUUGGUUAUGAAGCCCUGCUAGAUGAUAAUUUGGAAAUAGACAUGCCCAAGCCUGUUGGAAUCCAGCAGACUGUGAGAGCUCUGGAGUACACGCUAAAGAACCUGCUUGUGUACAGAGAUUCCAAAGCAAAUCUUGAUCAUCUACAAAGACCAUAUAAAGAACAGUCAAAAAGAACCAGAAAUUUGCUUCAUGUGAAACAACCAAAAAUGAAAGGAGAGAAGGUUAAAGAACUUCUCACAAAAAUGAAGGAAAGAAAAACAAUAAGUGAAGUCUCUUUGGAUGAAGUUCUUCGUGGAAAACAUUUAUACAAGGAUGAAUAUGAAAAGGCACUAUUUUUACUGAAAGAUCUGAAGAGCAAGUACAAGAUGAUCCACUUGAAGUCAAUGGAACAAGUAGCACAAAUUGAGAACAACAUACUGUAAAGGAACUUUAAACGGAACAUUAGGUGGAAAAAUCAGCUGAAAUAAAUUCAAAUAUUAGGUAUCAGUAAAACAAUUAAUUUGCCUUUUAUGUGUAUUUUGUUUUGCCAACAACUCCUUUCAAAUUAAUUUAUACCACAGUGCUGUUACAUUAUUAAGUAUGUUAGAUACGUCUUGGUAUCAUAAGGGACUGAUACUCUUCAAAUACAUUGUCUUGCCCAGUGUAUUAAUUAUCCAUAAAUGUGAAUAGCAUCCGAGGCUCCAGAUAAACAAACUGUGAUGUUUUCUGUAAGGAAAUAUUUAUUUAAAAUGUUUGGGAGGUGACCUGGUAUUCAAUACUUCAUAACUAUUAGGCUUAAAGCUCAAAAUUUAUGUUUUCCUCCGUAGGAAGGCAAGUUUUCUGACAGAAUAUUUUUAAAAACAGACUUUGCAUUUUGCUCAUAAAAUGACAAACUGCUUUUUUUCUGUUUUAAUUACUUCAAGAGAGAAGGUAAAGACCCUGUUUACCAAAAGACUUAUUUAUGGGUGCUAUAAUGAGAUAGCAGCAACUUGUUUCUCACAUGUAGAGUACAUCACAGUAAAUGUUUUAUGAAAUGUAUGAUAUGUCACUCUUAAAUACAAAUCAAGUACAAAAUUUAAAUUGCUGGCAAACUGCUCUUUUAAAAGUGGAAUAAAACCUUUAUUCCUGAACUUACUAUCAGAUAUACUUUUGGUCUAUCAGUAUGCCCCCAAGUCUUUUAUUCUUUCCUUAUUCGUGGUUCACAUUUUUGAUGCAGUCACAUUUUCCUCUUCGACUAAGAUUGAUACUUCUGUUCUGAAACCAACUGAGAUGCAAAAAGUAUGUUUUUCUUUAUAUAAUCACCUGUUCUGCUCAUCAGU